AUGGUGAGCGGGAAGCUGGCCCAGGAUGAGUUACUGGAGUCUGGACAAGAAGAGCUGCCUGCAGUACUGCCGGCACUUCCUGGCGGACAACGGCGCGUUCCACGUUGAGAGAUGCAUGAGUGUGAUGCAGUCUGGCACGCAGAUGGUGAAGCUGAAGAGUGGAACCAAGGGGCUGGUCCGUCUCUUCUACCUGGAUGAGCACAGGAGCUGCAUCCGAUGGAGGCCCUCCCGCAAGAGCGAAAAGGCAAAAAUCGUCAUCGACUCCAUUUACAAAGUCAGCGAGGGCCGGCAGUCCGAGAUCUUCCACCGCCACGCCGAGGGCAGCUUUGAGCCCAGCUGCUGCUUCUCCAUUUACCACGGCAGCCACCUGGAGAGCCUGGACCUGAUCACGUCCAACCCCGAGGAGGCUCGCACCUGGGUCACGGGGCUCAAGUACCUGCUGGCUGGGAUCAGCGACGAGGACUCGCUCGCCAAGCGCCAGAGAACGCACGACCACUGGGUGAAGCAGACCUUCGAGGAGGCUGACAAGAACGGGGACGGGCUGCUGACCAUCGAGGAGAUCCACCAGCUGAUGCACAAGCUGAACGUCAGCCUGCCCCGCAGGAAGGUCCGCCAGAUGUUCCAGGAAGCAGACACAGAUGAGAACCAAGGAACCCUGAACUUUGAAGAAUUCUCAGUGUUUUACAAGAUGAUGUCCUUGCGUCGGGAUCUCUACCUGCUGCUCCUGAGCUACAGUGACAAGAAGGAUCAUCUCACUGCUGAGGAGCUGGCCCAGUUCCUGAGGGUGGAACAGAAGAUGAAUAAUGUGACACCAGAAUAUUGUCUGGACAUCAUACAGAAGUUUGAAGUGUCAGAAGAAAACAAGAAGCAAAAUGUUCUUGGGAUUGAAGGCUUCACCCGCUUCAUGCGCAGCCCGGCGUGCGAGGUGUGCAACCCGCUGCACCGCCAGGUGCACCAGGACAUGCAGCAGCCCCUGUGCCACUACUUCAUCGCCUCGUCCCACAACACCUACCUGAGCGGGGACCAGCUGCUCUCGCAGUCCCGCGCCGAGAUGUACGCGCGCGUGCUGCAGGCCGGCUGCCGCUGCGUCGAAGUGGAUUGCUGGGAUGGCCCAGAUGGGGAGCCAGUGGUGCACCAUGGCUACACCCUGACCUCCAAAAUCCUCUUCCGGGACGUGGCAGAAACCAUCAAUAAAUAUGCCUUCAUCAAAAACGAGUUCCCAGUGAUCCUGUCCAUUGAAAACCACUGCAGUAUUCAACAGCAAAAGAAGAUCGCCCAGUACCUCAAGGAGAUAUUUGGUGACAAACUGGACUUGUCAUCUGUGAGCACUGGAGAUCCCAGACAGCUUCCCAGCCCUCAGGAUUUAAAAGGGAAAAUCCUAGUGAAGGGUAAGAAGUUGCCCUGCAGCCUUGGAGCAGAUGCUGAGGAAGGAGAGGUUUCAGAAGAGGACAGUGCUGAUGAAAUUGAGGACGACUGCAAAUUAAAGCCCUGCUUUAGCAACGGUGCAACUCAGCACCAGGUGGAAUCUUUUAUACGAACGAAACUGGAGUCUCUGCUAAAAGAAUCCCAGAUCAGGGACAAAGAGGAUCCUGACAGCUUCACUGUGAGAGCCCUGCUGAAGGCAACUCACCAGAGUUUCAGUGUGAACCUGAAGCAGAACUUGGACACAAAAGAAGGUGGAAAAAAGUCUCAUGGCCGAUCAUUAAUGGGGAACUUCGGUAAACACAAGAGAGCUGCAAAGGCCAAAGCGCACAGUGCCUCGGACGAGGAGGAUGGCCAGCAGCACCCGCUGGGCAAGGAGCCGGGCCAGCCCCACAGCAGGCUUGCCCGCCGCAGGAAGACAGUGAAGCUGUGCCGGGCCCUGUCAGACCUGGUGGUGUACACCAACUCCGUGGCAGCCCAGGACAUUGUGGAUGAUGGCUCCACAGGGAACGUGCUGUCCUUCAGUGAGACCAGAGCCCACCAGGCAGUGCAGCAGAAGGCUGAGCAGUUCAUGCUUUACAACCAGAGGCAGCUGACCAGGGUCUACCCCUCAGCCUACCGGAUCGACUCCAGCAACUUCAACCCUGUUCCCUACUGGAAUGUGGGCUGCCAGCUAGUGGCUCUAAACUACCAGUCUGAGGGACGCGUGAUGCAGUUAAAUGAAGCAAAAUUCAGGGUAAAUGGCAACUGUGGUUAUGUCCUCAAACCUCAGCAGAUGUGCAAAGGCACAUUCAACCCCUACUCUGCUGAUCCACUUCCUGCCAGCCCUAAGAAGCAGCUUAUUCUGAAGAUCAUCAGUGGGCAGCAGCUGCCCAAGCCUCCUGACUCAAUGCUGGGGGACAGAGGAGAGAUAAUUGAUCCAUUUGUUGAGGUGGAGAUUAUUGGGUUGCCUGUUGACUGCUGUAAAGAUCAGACCAGGGUGGUGGAUGACAAUGGCUUCAAUCCUGUGUGGGAGGAGACCCUCACCUUCACCAUCCACAUGCCCGAAAUUGCCCUGGUGCGGUUCCUCGUCUGGGACCACGAUCCCAUCGGGAGAGACUUCGUGGGGCAGAGAACUGUGGCCUUCAGCAGCCUCGUGCCUGGCUAUCGCCACGUGUAUUUAGAAGGACUGACAGAAGCUUCCAUUUUUGUUCAUAUAAUCAUUAAUGAGACCUAUGGAAAGUGGAGCCCUUUAAUCCUCAAUCCCAGUUACACAAUAAUGCACUUUCUAGGAGCCACAAAGGGCAAGCAGCUGAUGGGGCUCCGAGGGCUGUUCUCCAAGGCGCCCAAGGCGGGCACCGCCGAGGCCAGCGGGCACCAGGUGCGCAAACGCUCCAUCGGCGAGCGCAUCCUGCGGCGCACGGCCAGCGCCCCGGCCAAGGGCAGGAAGAAGAGCAAGAUGGGCUUCCUGGAGGCUGCUGACAUCAAGGACAGUGCCUCUGAGCCAACUGACCUGAAGGACAAGGAAGGCGUGGUCCGGCGGCCCAACCGCAGCUCGCAGGCGCGUCCCGUGUCCAUGCCUGUGGACAGAUUCCUCUUGGUAGAGCUGCCCUGCCCAGCAGAGGACACUGCCCAGGAGGCCAAGGGAGAGGAAAGCACAUCUGCCAACAGUGAUGACAAUACAAAUGAGAAGGAAACAAGCUUGAAAGAAUUGGAUUUUCCACCUUCUGAGCAAAACUCAAAUGCCUCAAAUGUAGCAUCUCAGCUCAAGAAGGAGAAUGACCAGUGGGAUUCUACAGAUGACUGUUUAGUACCACCUCCACAGGAGCAACCUGAACAUUUGGUUUUUGCAAAUGGUGUAGCUCAAGCAAAUCACCUUGUGGAUUACCAGGAGAAUAAUCUUUCUGAUGGAACUGUCCCCCUAAUGCAAGACUCUGACUCUGAACUUCCCACAGAAAAAUUGCACCACAAAAACUGUGCAGAUGGUAAAAAGGAAGAUGACACAAAAGGAUCUAAGGAAGGGAAGAUCAGUCUCAUGGGGACUUCUCUUUCUCAGAACGCAGAGGUGGAGAAUCACAAAUAUGACAUGCAGAAAAGCACUGCAGCACCUCUUUCCCUUUCUUCUGCCGUGUGCUCUGAGGGCCCUGACUGUCACUCCACGAUGGCCCUGCAGGACAGUGACAUUUCUCACCUCAUUGAUGAAGUCUCUCUCUCGACUGAGAGCGAGCUGGACAGUGCUGUGUCCACUCUCAUCGGGCAGCUUGAUGGCACAGAUGACCAAACUCUCCUUCUCCCUGUCUCCAGCCCCCACGGCAGCAGCAGCCAGACCCCCAGGGUAGGGGCUGCAGCCCCACACGUGUUUGCUGCAGACCUGAGCAGCCCCUGUAGGCACGACUUCACUCCCACAAAAUCCAACAAAUCCUCUUUAUUCUCCACUUCGGACACAGCCAUGCUCUCCAGCCUGGAGGAUGCAGAGUAUUCCACAUACACAAUUAUCCACCAGGCAUCUCCAGCUUCUGAAUGUAAGAACCACAGGGCAUUAGUUUGCAAGAAAAGAUUAAAUAAUCUAGAGAGUAACUUGCCAGGCUCUUGGUCUUCAUCCCUCUCUUUGCUAAAUGCAAAUCCCAAAAGGAACUGUGCUACAAAAUCUGGACCAAGCUGGGAAGCCCCCGAGUCUGCCAGCUCUUUUGGUUCCAACAGCCUGAUCUUUGAGGAGGCGCUGGGAGCCCCUGGCCCUGGGGAGCACUCGGACAGCAGCAGCCUGCUGGAGGUGGACGGGGACUGCCAGGACCUGCUGGUAACGGCCCGGGAGUACCGACGGGAGGACCUGAGCCAGCUGGCCUCUCCCGUGAGCCUGCGGCAGCGGCGGGAGCCGGGGCACGGGGCUGGCAGGACCGCAGGCAGCUGUGACAGCGCCGGGGCGUCGUGGCAGCAGCCCUCGGGCAAGCACAAGGCUGCGGUGCGUGUCCCCCAGGCCAGCCCAGCCUGCCCCCUGCUCCCGGGGGCUCUGCCGUUCCCCCCGCACCCGGCCAUCCAGCAGAGCAGCCCCUGCAAGUCCAAGAGCCUGGGAGACCUGACCUCGGAGGACAUUUCCUGCAACUUUGAGAGCAAGUACCAGUACAUCAGCAGGAGCUUCAUCUCUUCGGGCUUGAGGGACAGGAAGGCGGCUGCCACGCGGGGCGUGAGACCGCACUCCACGGACGCGCUGACGGAGCAGCUGCGGAGGCUGCUGGCCCUGGAGCAGGAGGAGAGCCGGGAGCUGCUGUGCCCCUGGCAGCAGCCAGGGCAGGAGGAGAGCCUCCGGGAGCUGCUGUGCCCCCGGCAGCAGCCGGGGCAGGAGGACAGCCUGUGCCCCCGGCAGCAGCCGGGGCAGGAGGAGAGCCGGGAGCUGCUGUGCCCCUGGCAGCAGCCGGGGCAGGAGCACAGCCUGUGCCCCCGGCAGCCGGGGCAGGAGGACAGCCUGUGCCCCCGGCAGCAGGCGGACGAGCCGUGCCCGCGGGCGCUGGUCAGGAAGCUGUCGUCGCGCAGCCAGAGCCGGGUGCGGAACAUCGCCAGCCGCGCCCGGGAGCGGCAGGAGGCGGCGGGCCGGCACAGAGCGAGCGGCGGCGGGGCCGCGCCCGCCGUGCUGCUGCGGAGCCGGGCCGGGGCGCCGCCGCUCGCCGCCAACCGGCACUCCACCGGCUCCUGCAUCGGCUCCUACCUGCGCUGCCUGCACGGCGGCCCCGCCGAGCGCCGCGGCGUGCCCGAGGGAGCCUGCGCCGGGCUCGGCUGCGCGGAGCUGCCGCUGCCGCCCGGCGGCCCCGAGCAGCCCGAGGUCUAUUUCCUGCUCCGGCUGUAG